AUGGCUUUCACAUUUACUCAUCGGAAUUCCGAGAUGCAGCUGGACAAAAGCCACACGGCACUCGUGAUCACAGAUAUUCAGAAUGAAUUUCUCAUCGAAACUGGAAGCUACUACCACUUGAUAGCUGAUAAACUGAAGGAACUCAACGUAUUUGACAACAUAGAGAGACUAUUGAAGUGUGCCAAAGAGAACAGCUUCUUUGUGAUUCACUCACCCCAUUAUUACUAUCCCACCGAUCGACAGUGGGUUGCUCAAGGCGGUGCAAUUGCUGACUAUCUCUUCAACCUUCCGGACGGGUUCGUUGGACGCAAGGAUCCAGUCGACCUAGAAGGAUUUGUCGGUUCAGGAGCUGACUAUCCCGAGCGGCUGAAGAAGUACCUCAUGGAUGGGAAAACGGCAAAUACAUCGCCUCACAAAGGUCUGUCGUGUCUUUCAAACGACCUGAUCAAGCAACUACGCAUGAGGCGAGUUGAGAAGGUUAUCAUGGCAGGUCCGGUGGGCAACUUAUGCUUGGAGAACCACAUGCGUGACCUUAUUGAAGCCGGGUUUGAAGUCGCCAUGGUUCGCGAUGCCAUUGCUGCAGGUAGAAACACGGAAGGGGAUGGCUAUGUCGCUGCAAUGGUAAAUUUCCGGUUCAUGGCAAACGCAGUGUGGACAACGGAAGAUACUGUUAAGCGACUCAGGGACGCCGCUCAGAACUAG